AUGGAGGACCCCUCGACGCUCGUCUCGACGCUGGGCCUCGUUGUUUUGGGCCUUUACACCUUCGUUUGGUCCAUCUCCAUCUUGGGCCUUGUCCAGGCCAAACAUGCCACGCCCGCCUCGUCUCCUGCCUCGCUUCCUGGCGUCAGCAUCCUCCGGCCAUUGGCAGGUCUUGAUCACAACCUGGCCCUAAAUUUGAGCUCUUCAUUCGAGCAGGUGUAUCCAUCAGACAAGUUUGAGAUUAUUCUCAGUGUCAAGGAUGAAUCCGAUCAGGCCCGACCUGUGGCGGAGGAGAUCUCGUCGCGAUAUCCUCACAUCGAAAGUACACUCGUUGUGGGCGAUGAGUCUUGCGGAGUCAAUCCAAAGGUUGCCAAUCUCGUUAAACCAUAUGCCAUCGCCAAACAUGACAUCAUCUGGGUUCUUGAUUCUCAGUGCGCUUUAUCGCCACAUGCUCUCCUUCGCGCCGUGCAGUCCCUACAAAGUACUCCGAAAGUGGUUUCGCCAUCAAAUCUACGGCAGCGGACCCGCAGCUUUCUUUGGUCUCCGCCCCGCGUAGGACUGGUGCACCACGUACCUCUAGGCGUUUCGCCAAGAGCCUCGAUGGGCUCUUUCGUCGAGGCGGCAUUUUUGGGAGGCAAUCACGCAAAAAUGUACAUGGCCAUCAACAGCUUGGCUAUUGACUCGUGCGUAGUGGGCAAAAGCAAUUUGUGGCGAAAGAGCGAUCUGCAAAGAGUGCCCGACAAAUUUUUCGGCGUCGGAGACCAGGGCACAAGAGGUGAAGCUGGGGCUAUUGGUGGCACCGCGUUUCGAAGCAACAACGGCAAUGAGAUGGAAAGUAGCCUUGAAUGUCAAAACGAGCAAUCUCUCGUAUCGGCAGGACCUUCAAGAGCACUGGCGAGAUUCGCGAUCUACCUUGCCGAAGACAAUAUGUUGGCCUUGUCCUUGUGGCGUCCCCCGCUCUCUCUGACACACGUCUUACAACCACUUGACGUGGUCCGUUGUAGCGUUGGCGACAUACGCAGCAUAGGUGACUAUGCAGCCCGGAGGAUGCGAUGGAUUCGCGUCAGAAAGCACAUGGUUCCGGCAGCGACAUAUCUCGAGCCUUUCACAGAGAGCGUUCUCGUCGCUUGUCUAGCGAUCUGGGCCUUUCUUUAUGCAUGGGAUUUUGCUCGUAUAUGGGCGAGUGUAUUCGCUUUCUCUCAUUUCGCGCUAUGGCACCUCGUCGAUUUCGAAGUGCUCAGGACGCUGCAAGAAGCAAAUGCGCUUGGUUUGUCAUCACACGGGGAUGCACUUCCCUCUGGCACCAGUCAACCUGUAACCGUUAUCGAUUGGACGGAUGCCUCGCUGGUUCGCAAAUUACGUCUAGCUUGGGUCUUGAGAGAGGUACUCGCCUUCCCAAUAUGGCUGUGGGCGAUGUGUGGGAACACUGUCGUCUGGAGACACCGCCGAUAUCGGAUCUUGUCGGAUGCCAGAGCGGCAGCAAGUGUCGACUAUGACGGGGGCGCUCUGAGUCGCUGCUCCAUCAGCGUUCUAAUCAAGCGUUGGCUUACCUCUUCAGGAGCCUCUACAGCAGACGGCUACGAGUACGUCAACCUAUAA